AUGUAUGCGUCAUCAAUCGAGUUAAAAAUUGAUGCAUAUGCUGUUCAUGAUCCAGCUGUUGGUUAUUGUCAAGCACAAGCACCAAUUGCUGCUAUUCUAUUAAUGCAUUUCCCACCUGAACAAGCAUUUUGGGUAUUUGUUCAAAUUAAUGAAGAAUAUGUUAAAGGAUAUUUUAGUGAUGGAUUAAUGGCUGUUAAAGAAGAUGCAUUAGCUACAGAAUUACUUAUACAAAGAAUUUCCCAAAGAGGUUAUCGUUUACUGCGUAAACUUGAUGUUGAUCCAAUAUUAUAUACACUUGAUUGGUAUAUGACAUUAUUUUCUCGAACUUAUCGUGCACCACAGUUAUUUCGCAUAUGGGAUAUGUUUUUUUGUGAAGGUGUUAAAGUAUUAUUUCGUUUAGCUCUUGUUAUUGUACGUGAAACACUUGAAGUUGGUCCACCUGAUAUUGUAACUAAAGCACAUAAAUGUGAUAAUCCAAUGGAUCUUAUUGCACUUAUUAAACAAACAGCAAAAAAUUUACCAUUCGAUGUACUCUUAAUAAAAAUGGAUAAACUUCCAUUAACAGAUAUUGAUCUUGCACAAGCAUGUGGGCAAGCAAGACAACAACUUAAUUCAGAUUUAAAUACGACGAAUAGUCGAAAAACAUCAUCUCGAGUUCAAGCUAAUAAACAUAAAUAA